CGCAAUUCCUUCCUUCCUCUUAGCCGCCGCUUUCGGGCUCCGUUUCGCACUUGUGACCCGAAUCAGUUAACCCGAUCCUAAUAAACAGAUACCGAGCCUUUCAUGUUAUCUUCUAAAUAAUCUGGUCAUCAACCCCGCGAUUCCUUCUGUAACCCUAGUUUAGCCCCGAUCUCUUACAACAUGGGAGACUACAACGAUCCCUUCAUGCGCAACCAAAACGCCGCCGUUCAGGCCCGUACCAAGGCUCAGAACCGCGCCAAUGUCCUUCAGCUUAAGCUGAUUGGGCAAAGCCAUCCCACUGGCUUAACAGCAAAUCUACUGAAGCUCUUUGAGCCUCGGCCCCCACUGGAGUAUAGACCGCCUAUUGAGAAAAGAAAAUGCCCACAACUUACAGGAAUGGCACAGUUUGUGAGUAAUUUUGCUGAGCUAGGAGAUCCUGAAUAUGCUCCACCUGUACCAGAGGCUGAAACUCCUGCACAAAGAAGAGCUAGAAUCCAUAAGUUACGACUAGAGAAGGGUGCAGAAAAGGCCACUGAAGAGCUUCAGAAAUAUGACCCCAAUAAUGACCCAAAUAUAUCAGGAGAUCCAUACAAGACAUUGUUUGUUGCCAGGCUUAGUUACGAGACCACCGAGAGUAGAAUAAAAAGGGAGUUUGAGUCUUAUGGACCAAUUAAACGGGUUCGCUUGGUUACUGACAAAGAGACAAAUAAACCCAAAGGCUAUGCAUUCAUUGAAUACAUGCACACCCGGGAUAUGAAAGCUGCAUACAAACAAGCUGAUGGGAGGAAGCUUGAUGGCAGGAGGGUGCUUGUAGAUGUUGAGCGUGGUAGAACAGUUCCAAAUUGGCGUCCUCGCAGGCUAGGUGGUGGACUUGGAACAACCAGGGUUGGAGGUGAAGAAGUUAAUCAGAGGCAUUCUGGAAGGGAACAGGAACAGUCAAGAGGCCCAUCUCGGUCUGAGGAGCCUAAGAUACGAGAGGAUCGGCAUGGUGACCGAGAAAAAUCCCGUGAAAGAGGAAGGGACAAAGAGAGGGAACGAGAGAAGUCCCGCGAGCGCUCUCAUGAUAGGCCAAGGGAUCAAGAUCACAGAGAUGAUCGACACCGUAGAGAUCGUGACAGGAACAAAGAAAGGGAGAGGGAGAGAGACAGGGGUCGGGACCAUGAGAGAGAACGCGAUCGAAUUCGUGAUCGUGAUCGUGGUCGAGACCAUGGACGUGACCAUGAGCGUGACAGAGAAAGAGACCGUGAUAGGGAGCGUGAUCGAGGUCGCCUUCGUGAAAGGGAUAGGGAUUAUGAACUUGGUGACGUUGACCAUGACCGUGGAUAUUCUCGCGAUAGGGAUGACUAUGAUCGUAUUGAAUCGAAACAUGAUCGGGAUCGACAUGGGGAAAGGGACUAUGAUCAUGGUGAUGAGGAUGAUGGUGAUUGGUAUGAACACCCUGACCAUUAUGAACGUCAUCGGGGUUAUGCUCACAGUGAGCAUGAUCAUUAUGCUCAAUAUCAUGACAGUGAUCAUGAUCGAUAUGACCAAAUGGAGGAGGAUGAUUAUCGUUAUGACCGUGCAGUGUCUGAGUCACGUGACAGGGAGCGUGCUCGAGAUCUUGAUCGUGACUACUGAAUUUCAGAAAGGUCACUUUCCCAGUAAGAGUGGUAGCUAGAGAACUAGUUUACUGAAACUCAAAAAGUUCAGUAUGUGUAGUUAAAAGUUUCUAGGAGUGUAAUUGCUGCCGUUUUAUGACCGUGAUGUGUUUUAUUUAUCCUGUAUUUGCUUUAUCAUAUGAAGGAAUUGAGCUUGUUGUUCGACUAAGAAGUAAGCCUGAAUUAUUGUUUUGGCCA